CGAGUGCCACGUGGCGUCAGCCUAUUGCAAGACGGCGUUGUACAGUUCGAAUAUACGCAGUUUUCCGGCGCUUCUAUAGACGUGAGAAAUGUUCUUCCGGUUGUGACCGCGGUGGCGAAUCGUUUAUGGGAAUUCUCUGAAAUUCUCAUCGGUUCUAAUCGAACUUGAACGGAUCCAACCACAAUGAAAUUCAAUCGACUUGUUACGUCUUCGCGCAGAAAAAACAGGAAAAGGCACUUCACAGCGCCUUCCCACAUUCGGCGAAGACUCAUGUCAGCACCUCUUUCUAAGGAAUUACGACAGAAAUACAACGUACGCUCUAUGCCAAUCCGCAAGGAUGAUGAAGUUCAGGUCGUUCGUGGUCACUACAAAGGACAACAGGUGGGAAAAGUUGUUCAAGUGUACCGAAAAAAAUUCGUUAUAUACAUAGAAAGAAUACAGCGUGAAAAAGCUAAUACUGCCAAUGUAUAUGUUGGUAUUGACCCAUCAAAGACUGUUAUUGUAAAGCUAAAGAUGGAUAAAGACCGCAAAAAGAUUAUAGAUAGGAGAAGUAAAGGCAGACUACUGGCUGCCUUAUGGAAAGACAAAGGAAAAUAUACAGAGGACUCGACGACCGCCGCCAUGGAAACUUCAUAAAUAUAUGUCGUAUUUAAUUUCUGUAUAUGUCAAUAAAAAAACAUUAAUAUUACAGUUCAUA